ACUGGGUUACGAGUACCGCAACUCCCAGCCACAGAAACACGCUAUACCAUACAUAAACCUCCACCUGGAUACGCGCCGCUACUCUUCACUUAUACGGUUUUCAAUCACAGGCUACCGUCAAGUUUUGGGGUGCAAAUCUCUGGCGCUCGACGCCGAGAGAGAAAUACUUUGCUCAAAAUCUUCAAACAAGCUAACCGGUGAUGGGGCCCAGAUAUCUAUUCCCCGCUCUCCUGCUUUUGCUGGUUACUUUGUCAGUGGACGCAAGAAGAAACCGCCGUCCCAAUGUGAUCAUUUUGUUUGCAGACGAUUUGGGGUAUGGAGACCUGCAGGUGUACGGGCACCCGACCUCGUCUACGCCCAACCUGAACCGACUGGCCCGCGAUGGGAAGGUGUUCACUCAGUUCUAUGCUGCGGCCGCUAUAUGUAGCCCAUCGAGGGCUGCUCUUCUGACUGGCCGCUACCACAUGAGAUCCGGGAUCUACCCCGGUGUCUUCAACGUGACGUCCUCAGGAGGCUUGCCACAUGAGGAGGAAACCAUCGCAGAGAUGCUCAAGGGGCGCGGCUACUACACGGCGAUGGUCGGCAAGUGGCAUCUGGGGGUGGGGCUCGAUGGGAAGUACCUCCCACCCUCUCAUGGCUUCGAUGAGUUCUUAGGUCUCCCUGCAUCCCACAGUCACUGUCCAUGCAGCAUCUGCUUCCAUCCAAACCGAACCUGCGUCUACAGCUGCAAGCAGAACUUCAGCCCCUGUCCUCUCUACAAUGGCACCACCAUCAUCGAACAACCCAUUGACCUCAUGACCCUGGACGAGAAGUACGCGACGCAGGCUCGCAAGGCCAUCCGGAAGAGUGUCAACGGUGAGAAACCCUUCUUCCUGUAUUACUCCUUCCAGCAUACGCACGACCCGCAGUACGCGGACUGGCGGAACACGGGAGCGACCGCUCGGGGCGACUACGGCGACGCCCUGGCCGCGAUGGACUGGGAGAUAGGGGAGGUGAUGGCGGAGCUGGACCAGCAGGAUAUAUGGAAUGACACCUUCAUCUUCUUCAGUGCAGACAAUGGGCCAAGCCUCUCUAAGCGAUGGGGAGGCAGCGUGGGACUCCUGAAGUGCGGCAAGGCUACCACCUAUGAGGGCGGUGUUCGCGUGCCAGCCAUAGCCCACUGGAGGGGUCGCAUCAAGCCUGGCUAUACCCUGGAGCUGUCCAGCACCCUGGAUCUCCUGCCGACCGUAGCCAAGAUCACAGGGGCCAGACUGCCCAGUGCCAUGCUGGAUGGGGUGGACAUGGCACCAUUUCUCUUCAAUGGUGGCAAGAGUUUGAGAGAGACAUUCUUCUACUACUCACCUGCAGCCAGCGAGAGACAGAGCUCCUUCGCAGUUCGUUACAAGCAAUACAAGGCUCACUUCUACACCAAAGGCUCCACCCUGUCUGGGAUAGGACAUCCUGAUCCUGAUUGCAGGAAGACUGCCAAGAGAACCAAACACAACCCUCCCCUUCUCUAUGACCUCCACAGGGAUCCCGCCGAGCAGUACAACAUUGCCUACGAGCCAGAGUACCAGGAUAUCAUCAAGCUGAUCACCCGCAUCAGGGAGGACUUUGAUGGUAGGAUGGAGUGGGCCGUGUCUGAGAUGCAUAAGCCGUCGUACGAUGAGUACAUGCCCUGUUGCAAUCCUGGAUGCGAGCCACAGCCUUACUGCUGCCACUGCACCCUGACAACCUCAAUCGCUUACAAUCCAUGGGAACUCUACACCGACAUCUGGCAGGAUAGCAACAGGGAAGCAAAGAUGAAGAGGAAGGAGAGGAAGGAGCUGUUCAAAAGAGAGCGAGAGGACAGCCGACGGCAGCUUUCCUUUAUGAAGGACCAGAAGAGAGGAAGAGAUAACACUCAAGAUGUCUUCUUAGAUAGUGAUCUUGAUAGAGGCGCUGGAAGAGAUAGGAUAAGGGAUGGGAACAGAGAAAAGAACAGAGGAAUCUUUGAUGAUCCACCAGUAAGAGACAAUGACAGAGAUCGGGUGAGGGAUAAACCACAAAGAGAAAAAGAGACUGAGAGUACCAGGGAAAGAGUUAAAGUCAGCCCCAGAGGCAGGGUACGGAUUAUCACAGAGGAAGAUCCUCCAUCUCGAGGUGACAGGGAGCGGGGUCGGGAUAGGCCCAGAGAGGGGGGAGGAGCCUUUGGAGAUAAUCCAAGGGAAAGACGGAGAGAAGGUUCGCGGAAGGAAGCCAGGUUGACUGGUCAAGGUUCUACCCUGGAUGAAAAAAGGGAAGCUGCUGGUAGUGGUAACAACUUACAUUAUCUCAAUCCUACAUCGCUGCAUGCCACGAGUGAAACACCCAACCUGCAGGAUCAGAGCAAGGAGUCAGGAGUGGGAUAUGUUGGUGGGGGAAGUGGUUCUCAUCAAGGCCUCAGGGAUGCAACAGGAGCAAACAUCAAUAAUUACUUCGGGGGCUUCUUUGCCUGGGACAGUUCCAAUGAACAAAUGGACGAGAGUAGCGACGGAGGCAUCGCCAACCCUCUUGCGGACACUCAGGUCCAACAGGUGGGAAGCACUUUUGAGGAGGUGUUCGAGACCACGACAGAUGCCCCGCUGGCAUUUGAUGCGGUUGCCAAAGAGCGCAGGAGAAACAAUAGAGACCAGAAAAACAUAGACAGGAGACAGGAGAGACAGAACAAGAAAGAAGUACGCAGAAUAAGAUUUGGUGUAGACCAGGAUGAUGAUCAAACAUUUGACUUUUGAAGGAAGCUGGAAGUACGUGGACUAUAUGCAAAACGAUGUCUCUGGGCCAAUCAACAGGAAGGAUAGAACUGAUGCGUUUGGUCAAAUUUUGAUAGUGCCUGUAUGGUCUUAUGGUCUCGUGGUCCUAUUCAGACCAAUUUGGAGUGUUGCGGUAUGAGACAUCUUAAUUUCUUGAAUGAUUUCAGCUUCAAGUGGACAUGUCAGAUGUGCACAUGUCUACCAGUUAUGUCAGGAGAGAUAGAUAUAAAGAGAGAGAGAGAGAGAGAGAGAGAGAGAGAGAAUAAGAGAGUCUUCAUAUAGAUUGAGAUAAAGAAAGAUGGGGAGGAGUUGGGAAAAAAAAGAAGAAUAUAUCGUCUGCUGAGAGCCAGAAGGAUGUUAACUCAAAAUAAACUUUUGCUUAUACUGGUAGCCAACAUCCUUCUGGCACUCAACUGAAGACCUGUGGUAUUGAUCGACAAGGCAAACGAUUGACAGUUAGGCCAC